UAUAACCUAAAAUUGCGACAAAUUUUCAUAAAAAUGGUUGUAAAUAUUCAAGGAAAACUAAAUCAAAUAGCAGCAUUGCUAAAAACUAAAGUAGACAAUACUAAAACAAGUAAAAUACCCAACACUGGUAUUGUUAACAAAAUUUUAAAACUAUCGAAAUCCUCGCAAUUGAAAUUAAACCCAACCAAUGAUUUAGAAUCGUUGGAAUUACAACAAUGGAUUGAGUAUAUUAACACGUAUGCAGCUCAUAUAGACAGUCCACAAAAUGCAAAAACUGUCUUGUCGGAGCUCAACGAAAUGUUAAGUAUAAAAACCUAUUUGGUGGGAUACAGAUUGACCAUUGCAGAUAUUCUACUUUUUUACGUACUAAAGGAUACCUUGGUUUCACUUUCCAAUUUCGAAAAGGAGAAGUAUUUAAACCUGUGUAGAUGGUUUGAUAAUCUUCAACAUGAUGAUAUUUUCAAGCAAAAACAUGAAGUAAUAGAUUUUAGUUCGAAUUAUUUAGCUGUUGUAGUACCUUCAAGGCAUUAA